UGAUUCAUUAAUCAUGUUCCACUCGCAGUUCCAUAGUUCAUACGCCCCUUACACGAACCGAAAGUAAAGUGGCCCCGUCUUUGGAGACAAAAUAUAAUUAAUGGCGGAGUCCCUAACACGACCCCCUGGUGCUAAUCCUGUGGAUGACACAUUCCCCUGUCCGAUAUGUCUAGAAGAGGUGAGAAAUCCAAAGUACUUGUCAUGUUUUCAUACGUUUUGUGAGACUUGCAUUCAAACGUACAUUUCAAGUACGGCAGCGCGUAAGGAUAACGAAACUCUGAAAACCAUCGAAUGUCCCGUGUGCAGAAAACGUAUCGAAGCUCCAAAUAAUGACAUUACAAGCGAGGAGUGGGCGCUUGCUUUGCCACAAAACAAACUGAUGGUGAGCAUGUCGGUAGAUCCUAAGAAAGAAGAACAUAAAUUCUGCAUGUUUUGCAAACGGAAUGACAAAAGCGUUACUGCGAAGCAUUGGUGUAAAUCAUGCAUGGAAUCGAUCUGUGAUGAUUGCAAAUUCAUUCAUUCGUAUGUUCCCAGUCUUCAGGGACACAAAAUCUUAAGCCUCUCGGAUGCACAGGAGUUAAAGAAUGACAUAGAAGUUGACGAGCCUUGUUCCAUACAUAAGGGGAAAUUUCUUGAGGUAUACUGCACGGAUCACGACAAACUCUGCUGCAGCAUCUGUUUUGCCAUCGAACAUAGAAAGUGUGAGCAAGUACAAGCGAUUGAAGAUGUUGCAGCAGGGAUGGAUGAAGACAGAGUUAAAAAUAAACUGACAGUGUUUAAGGAUCUGCUGGAAAGUCUUGAAAAUUCGCAGGAGGAAUACAGAGAUAAAGUAACCACACUAAACAGCAGAAAACAGGAAAUCAUUUCAAAUGCUGAAAAGAAAAUUGAAGAAAUAAAAUCGCAGAUAGACAAUGCACAUGCGCAGUGGUUAAAAAGAUUUGAACAGAAACACACAGAUUCUGUUGGAAACAUUGAGGUUGCUUCUGACGAAAUAAAACGGCUUACGACUACAGUACGAGAUGCAAAAACCCUGCUACAAACAGUGCGAGAAAAUGGAUCUACAAAACAGAUUUUCGUCACAAGUCACAAAAUGGGUGUUCAGAUUUUGGAGCAUCUUGAUCGGUUACGGGCUUUGGAUAUCUGGGACUUUGUCCAAGAUUACAAUCAUCAGAACACAGAUUUCCUUCAUCAGAUCUGUGACGAUGGAUCAUUUCAGAAUGUCAGUUUUUCUGAAAUGCGAUCUAAAACCUUACAGAAAAUUUCCACAUUUGUUUCAUUGUUAUCAGACAAAACGGAGAUUGCACGUAGGAGAGAGAUGUCCCGUAAAGAUUGGAUGAAAGUUAAUUUUGAAAAGAUAUCUCGAAUCAAUCUGCCCACAGGAGUUUAUUAUGGUCUAUUCAUUAGUGAUACAAAAGUCAUUAUGUCAACAGAGAACCCUCCGUCACUAAAGGUUUAUGAUAUCUCUGAUGCUGUUGGCGAGUGUGUCCACACUCAUUCUUGUCAGGCCACUCCGUACGGUCUCUGUCAAUCAGGGGACUGCAUGGAUAAAGUCUACGUCUCUUUUGAAGACUAUGUUGAUUAUUACCAGAUCAGAGUCGCAGGAAGUGUAACGUUUAUCAAACUCGGUACCUUUCAACUGAAGGAACGGAUGUUGGCCAUUUCUUAUGGAACAGCAGCUGUCUCCUCCGCUAAUGAAUCCAAGAGAAUGAUUUGUUCAUCUAACUUUUCCGUCAUCAAUCACAGUUCACGGUACAGUAAAAGUGGAAAGAGACCGUUUGUGUCAUCUUCGUCACGAUCAGAUCAACAUUGUUUCAUGAGAGAAUCAAAAGUAGUCGUUGUAGACCAAAACAACAAGGAGAUAUUUCAGAGUUCUGUCACUGGUGGUUAUCCACAAGGAUUAACUUUUGACUUACAAGAUAAUAUUUUGAUUUGCUUGAUGAAUUCCAAAAUAAAGCAAAUUAGAAAUGGAGGGACCGAGAGUAGGGACAUUAAUCUACCUGGUAUUGUGUAUUCCUACAACGUUGUACUUCAUCCUACAGGGGAGAAGAUGUUGGUACUAGACUUCAACAGUAAAUGUUGUGUUUACAAAGUGUCAUAAAAUUCUUACUGGUGUAAAACAAAACAAGAGAGGAAUAAGUUUGACUAAUGUUUGGUUCCAGUUUCCGGUUUGUUAUAUUUUUCAUUUUGGUUAUCAAGGACGCAUUGCUCAUGUGACUGGAAGAAGACGAGAUUCGUCUUUGUAUAUUUCAUGUUUUAUCUGAAGUAUUAACGUUCUUGGUACUUCUCAACAAGAAAAUUACAAACUAGGUACUGUUUCGGGCGUUGAUUAAUUAUACACUAUCUUGCAUUGCACUGUAAAUCAUUUUAAAGAUUUUAUAAACGUAUAUGUACAAUUAUAUAUCUUACCAGCGUCCACCUUAUCCCGCGACGGAAGUAGUCCGAAAUAUCUGACGUUUUCCUGGCUUUUUUUAUGAUUUUGAUAUUAUUUACCGUGCCAGUAAAUAUCAAAAUCAUGAAAAAGCCAGGAAAACGUCAGAUAUUUCGGACUAGCGACGGGGGUGAGAUUGACUGAAAUCUAAAUUAUGAACAUAUAUACUGUACUUCUGUAUCAAUACAGUGUUUCUACUCAUAACGUUAUCUUUGGUUUAUAUAAUGUAUGAUAAAAUAAACCCGUACUCAGGGGGCGUGAUUGACGCGUUCCAAAAGGACAUACGCGACGUUUCGCAAUAAUAUAUAAUUUUUCAUGACAUUUCACGUACAAUUCACUUGCGUUCCAUCUUGUUUUUACAAAUAAUUUUGUAGUAUAUUACCAUGUUUUGUUUUAGAGUUCACAUAAUUUGAUAGUUCCUGGUUGUGGGAAAUAAAAUUGUAAAGACAGCU